AUGAUGUCAAAAGACAAUCGCACCAGUCAAAAGCUGGAGAAGGCCUCUGAUGGACUCCAUGACGAUCAACUUGCCAUAGACGCCUUACGGGCGACUGCCAACGAACAUGACAUGACAUUGUGGCAAGCAAUACGGCUAUACCCGAAAGCAAUCGGAUGGUCCAUCUUUCUCUCAACAGCAAUUAUCAUGGAAGGCUACGACGUUGUUCUCAUGCAAAGCUUCUACGCAUUUCCAGCAUUCGCAAACCGAUACGGACAAAAGACUUCAAGCGGCGAUUACCAAGUUACAGCGCCUUGGCAAUCAGGCCUGUCGAACGGUGCAAAUGUUGGAGAAAUUCUCGGUUUGUUGAUUAAUGGAAUCGUGUCAGAACGCUAUGGGUACCGCUUUACCAUGAUCGCAUCUCUGAGCGCGUUGACUUGUUUUAUUUUUAUCCCUUUUUUUGCCUCCAACAUCGAGACGUUAGAAGUUGGGGAAAUAUUGAUGGGGAUUCCGUGGGGAGUUUUUCAAACAUUGACCACGGCAUACGCAUCGGAAGUUUGUCCGGUGGUGCUUAGAGGUUAUUUAACCACCUAUGUGAAUGUCUGCUGGGGGAUUGGCCAAUUAAUUGCCGCUGGGGUGUUGAGAGGAUUGCUUAACCGCACUGAUCAGUGGGCUUAUCGAAUACCAUUUGCGCUUCAGUGGUUGUGGCCAGUUCCGCUGAUAGUUGGUAUCUGUUUCGCACCAGAGUCGCCAUGGUGGUUGGUCAGAAAAGAUAGAGUUGAUGAUGCGCGGAAAGCGUUGCUUCGACUAACAAGUCAACGGCCCGAGAUCUCGGAUUCGACUUUUGAUGUUGACCAGACAAUUGCCAUGAUGGUGCACACUGAUGCACUUGAUCGAAGACUCACAAGCGGCACUUCAUAUUUGGACUGCUUCAGGGGCAUCGAUCUUCGGCGCACGGAGAUUGUCUGCGUAACGUGGGCAAUACAGAAUCUAUGUGGUGCGGCAUUCAUGGGGUAUUCUUCAUACUUCUUUCAGCAGGCCGGGCUAUCUGUUUCGUAUUCAUUCGACAUGUCGAUGGCGCUAUAUGCUGUAGCAAUUGUCGGUGUCUUUGCAUCAUGGUUUUUCAUGACUCAUUUUGGGCGGCGAGCGCUAUACCUCGGCGGACUGAUAUCCAUGUUCACCAUACUCCUCAUUAUCGGCCUCGUCGCUGUGGGUGACAAGUCAACCAACAGCGGAUGGGUCAUUGGAUCUUUACUGCUGGCCUACACGCUGUUUUACGAUAUUACCGUGGGCACCGUAGCAUUCUCCAUCGUAGCGGAGAUUCCUUCCAGUCGUCUCCGAACCAAGACCAUCGUCCUUGGACGGAAUCUGUAUAACGUGAUCGGAAUCAUCAAUGGAGUAAUAACUUCCUACAUGCUCAAUCCGUCAGCAUGGAACUGGAAAGGAAAAGCAGGAUUUUUCUGGGCUGGUUCAUGCUUCUUGUGUUUGGUGUGGACGUAUUUUCGUCUGCCGGAGCCAAAGGGGAGGACUUUUGAGGAACUGGACUUGUUGUUUGAGAAGAAAGUUAGUGCUCAGAAAUUCAAGCACACUGUGAUCAACCAUGAGGAAUCGUUUCAAGAGGCGAAGAAGACUUGA